AUGAACAAUCACGAUAUCGAAGCGGUUCCGGACUCGCACUCUAUACACCGAAGGGCCGACUCGGAUAUCUCGGAAGAUGGCGAGAUUGUGAUUCUCACAAAUGAAGACAACAUUAGAAUCAGGAAAAAGACCGAUCGAAACAUUCUAGUGAUCCUUACAUGGGUAUACUUCUUGCAGGUCUUGGAUAAGGGUGUCCUAGGAACUGCUUCCAUUUUCGGUCUCCAGAAGGAUGCGGGUCUCGUGGGAAGCCAGUAUUCUCUUGUUUCGUCCAUUGCCCCUAUCGCACAGAUCGCGUGGCAGCCAUUCUCGGCAUGGCUCAUUGUGAAGGUCCCUCCCCGUAUUCUGAUGCCAUCCAUGGUCCUCUGUUGGGGAAUUGCAGCGGCAAGUACUGCUGCAUGCAACAGCUUCGCAGGGUUGGUUACCGUUCGUUUCUUCCUAGGUCUCUUUGAAGCCGGAUGCCUGCCUCUCUUCACUAUCCUCACUGGCCAGUGGUAUCGCCGCGUCGAACAACCACUCCGAGUUUCGUUUUGGAAUUCCAUGAACGGAACGGCGACUAUGGUAGCUUCUGCUUUGUCGUAUGGUCUUGGCCAUAUUCCCUCGGAGGUGCUGAAGCCAUGGCAAAUUAUCUUCCUUGUUGUUGGGUUGGUUACUAUUGUCAGCGCACCUGUGGUCUAUUGGAGACUCGACAACGAUAUCACUACCGCCCGCUUCCUCACCGAAUACGAGCGACGACAGGGUGUGGAGCGCCUCCGCGCAAAUCAUACCGGUACUGCCUCCUACGACUUUGACUGGUCCCAAGUUGUCGAAGUUGUCCUAGACCCUAAGUCUUGGCUUUGGAUUAUUAUGGCCUUACUGCCAAAUAUGGGAUCAGCGAUGACGAGCACCUUUGGCCCUCUUAUUGUCCAAGGUUUCGGGUUUGACGCAUUCGACACUUCAUUGCUCAACAUACCAUUUGGUGCUAUGCAAACAAUCGUCAUCCUUGCGAGUUGCUGGUGCGCCUAUAAGUUAAAGCUGAAAUCUGCUGUCAUCAUCACUUUUAUGAUCCCUGUAGUGGUGGGCAUCGCAAUUCUUUACGCACUUCCACACGACGUAUCAAAAAAUCAGGGACCGCUGCUACUGGCCUACUAUCUCUGUGCCUUUUUGUUUGCCGCAAAUCCCCUACUUCUGUCAUGGGUCGUGGCAAACACGGCUGGUGCCGCCAAGACCUCCACCACGAUGGCACUUUACCAAGCUGGUACAUCUGCGGGAGCACUCGCUGGACCGCUUCUGUUCACCGCAGAGCAGGCCCCCUCCUAUCUUCCCGGCAUCCGGGCUGUUCUCGGGAUCUUUAUUGCUUUGAUUGGCCUUGUGGUCAUCCAAGUCUUCAAUCUUUUCUGGUUGAAUAAGCAGCAUAGUAAACAGAGAGUCAGAAAUGGAAAGUCGGCGGAGGUCCAAGACAACUCCAUGACCACUGGGUUUGAAACAAACGGGAAAGUGCAGGCACCAACUUCAGGGGAGGACGCAGCACCAUUUGUGGACUUGACUGACCGGAAGAAUGAGGACUUUGUGUAUGUUUAUUAA